GGGCUGUAGAGAGGACAUUCACAUAGACUUCGAGAGGUUGGAGGCAGGAAAUGGUACGGAUGCUUCCCAUACUCUGGCAUGAGGAAAUUGCUCCAUCUGUGAUUUCCUUGCCAUAAGAUUGAAAACUGUAGAGCUGCAUGAGGACUGAAGAUACCCUCAAGGCUGAGCAAUGCCUUGAGCCUGGGAGGAAGGCCUACCCAGGGUAAGGGCUGAAGUCAAAAACCUGUCACUCCCUACAUAACUCAAGACUGUGUCCCUCAGCCUGCACCCUCAUCUUCCAUUUCAGGUCUCAAGUGUGACUCAGGAAGAACUGAUUUUGUCUAGGCGGCCUGGGACCAAGGGCUACCAUCUUACACAUCUCUAAAUCACCAGUAAGGAUUCCAGCUGCAGACUGCCUGUGUAGACAAUUAUUCAUUUGCUUCCAGACUGCUUAGUGGCCUUGUAUCCACUUCCAUUCCUCUUGCCUUAACUGGGCUCAGGCUGUAAAGAGGACAUUCACUUAGACUUCAAGAGGUUGGAGGCAGGAAAUGGACUCAGUGGUGUUUGAGGAUGUGGCCGUGAACUUUACCCAGGAAGAGUGGGCUUUGCUGAAUUUUGCUCAGAGGAAAUUCUACAGAGAUGUGAUGAUGGAAACCUUCAGAAACCUGGCCUCAGUUGUUUCUCAACAGGUUGAUAAAGGACAAAUGGUGUCCACUGACCAUUUAAUAAUGCGAUUCAUAAAGAAUAACUUCCGGUAUACCAUGUUAGGAGAAGCUUGUGAAUUCCACGGCGUUAAAGAACAGUGUAACAACAAACACAGGCAUAUGACAUGGCAUACAGAUGAGAGCCUCCAUGAAAGUAAUGAAUGGAAAGAAAAGGAAAGGAAAGAAGGUAAUCAGUGUGGAAAACUUUUCAGCAAGAUUGCGUGUCUUACCAGGCUCAAGAAAACUGUUACUAAUGAAAAUCCUUCUAAAUGCUGUAAACGUGCAAAACCUUUAAAGUAUCAUUCUUCAUUUAAACAUCACAUCAGAUCUCACACUGGAUGCAGUACCUAUCAGUGUAAGGAAUGUGGAGUGGCCUGCAGUAGUUCCUCUUGCCUGAGCACUCACGUAAAAACUGUUACUGUAAAGAAUAUUUAUAAAUGUAAGGAAAGUGGCAUCACUUGUUCCUCAUCCUUCAAUACACAUGAAAGAACUCAUGGUAGAGACAGGCCUAAUGAAUAUAAGGAAUUCAAGAAAGCUUUUGGUCAGUUCUCAACCUUCAUUGAACAUAAAAAAAUUCAAAGUGGAAGGCAACAUUAUGAUCAUAAGGAAUAUGUGAAUACCUGUAGUUCUUCAUCAUCCCUCAGUAAACAUAUUAGCAUUCACAGUGGAGUGAGGUCUUAUGAAUGUAAGGAAUGUGGGAAAGUGUUUACUUGUGCCUCAUACCUUACUACACAUAGAAGAAUUCACAGUGGUGAGAGGCCUUAUAAGUGUAAGGAAUGUGGGAAAGCCUUACGUUAUUCCUCAUCUUUCAGUAAACAUAAAAGAACUCACACGGGAGAGAGGCCUUAUGAAUGUAAGGAAUGUGGAAAAGCCUUCAGCUGUGCUUCACACCUCACUACACAUUUAAGAACUCACAGUGGAGAGAGGCCUUACGAAUGUAACGAAUGUGGGAAAGCCUUUAGUUGUUCCUCAUCUCUCACUACACAUACAAGAACUCACAGUGGAGAGAGGCCUUACAAAUGUAAGGAUUGUGGAAAAGCCUUUAGGCAGUCCUCAAACCUAUUGAAUCAUAUAAGAACUCACAGUGGAGAGCGGCCUUAUGAAUGUAAGGAAUGUGGGAGAGCCUUUAGCCAGUCCUCACACCUGAUCAAUCAUAUAAGAACUCACAGUGGAGAAUGGCUUCAUGAAUGUAAGGAAUGUAGGAAAACCUUUAGCCAGUCCUCACACCUGAUCAACCAUAUGAGAACUCACAGUGGAGAGUGGCCUUAUGAUUGUAAGAAAUGUGGGAAAUCUUUUUGUGACUUCUCCAACUUCUCUAGACAUAUAAGAACUCACAGUGGAGAGAGGCCUUAUAAAUGUAAGGAAUGUGGAAAAGCCUUUACACAGUCCUCAUCUCUCAGUCAACAUAAAAGAACUCACAGUGGAGAGCGACCUUAUGAAUGUAAGGAAUGUGGGAAAGCAUUUAGCCGGGUUUCAAACCUCACUAGACAUAUAAGAACUCACAGAGGAGAGAGGCCUUAUGAGUGUAAAGAAUGUAGGAAAGCCUUUAGUUUGCGCUCAGCCCUCACUAGGCAUAUAAAAACUCACAGUGGGGAGAGGCCUUAUGAAUGUAAGGAAUGUGGGAAAGCAUUUAUCCGGUCCUCAGCCCUCACUACACAUAUAAGAAUUCACAGUGGAGAGAGGCCUUAUGAAUGUAGGGAAUGUGGGAAAGCAUUUAGCCAGUCCUCAUCUCUCACAACACAUACAAGAACUCACAGUGGAGAGAGGCCUUAUGAGUGUAAGGAAUGUGGGAAAGCCUUUAGUCACGCCUCAUCUUUCACUCACCAUAUAAGAACUCACAGCAGAAAGAGGUCUUAACGAAUGUACAAAGUGAGGAAACAUUUUCAGUUCUCUCUCCUACUUGAAAAUACGUUAGAAAGUACAUUGAGGAGAAAUAUAUAUUGCACGUAUGACAGGUCCUAUCAACGUCAAAAACAAGGGAAGCCUUCAGUGUGAGUACUUCUUUUGGACCUGUAUAAUACCUCACACUGGAGAGACUCGGGGACUAGAAGCAAAGAAUGUCUUCGUUUGUACCACAUAACUUUGGAUGAGUAUCAAAAUGUAAAUUUGGUUCUGAUAUAUAAAAAUUGCCUGUAAUACACAAUCUCGUCAACCUCUGUUCUAAGUUUUGUGUUUUUUUUACUCCACUAUGUUUUUAAUAUUUUUAUUAAUAAAUUUUCAUAUUAUAAAGCAGUAUGUUCUCGAUGUAGAGAAAUUGGAUUUUAACAGAAAUU